AAGGUACACGAUCUCAACUUCUCAGAUAGAGGGGAAUCCCGUGUAGUAGAGAUUAUGACAUACAAUUACAAAGAUAUGGAAUUCGCUCCAUAUGGUGAUUACUGGAGACAAAUGCGAAAGAUUUUUGUGGUACAACUUCUAAGUACUAAUCGUGUGAAGUCAUUCAGGUCUCUAAUGGAAGAAGAGGUCUCAAAUCUCAUUAAAAACAACUCGUUGAAAGCCGAAUCGCAUAUGCAUAUUAAUCUCGGUGAGUUAGUAUACUCAGGUAAGAUAUGCAAACAUAAAGUGGCUUUCAUAUCGUUGUUUCAUGAUGUAACUAGGAUUGCUAGUGGUUUCACCGUUGAUGACUUAUUCCCUUCACUAAAAUUCCUUCAUGCCAUCACGGGUUGGCGGCAUAAAUUAGAGAUGUUACACAAGGAGAUCGAUGGGAUCAUGAGUAGCAUCCUCGACGAUCAUAGGCAGAAACAGGCUAUUAUAGUCUCACCUGGCAUAACGGGUAACCAUCAAUACGAGGAAGAUUUUGUUGAUACUCUACUACGACUGCAGGCCGACGGCGGACUAUUAUUUCCAUUUACAGAUGACAAUAUUAAAGCCGUUAUGCUUGACAUAUUUGGGGCAGGGUCUGACACGGCCUCGGUGACAGUAGAAUGGGCAAUGUCUGAAUUACUGAAGAACCCAGAAAUGAUGAAGAAGGCCCAAGCUGAAGUCAGACAUUUGCUAAAUAGAAACAAGAAGGUCGACGAAAGGGAGUUACAUGAACUAAGUUACCUAAAACAGGUUAUACAUGAAACUCUAAGGCUACAUCCUCCUAAUCCAUUGUUGCUACCAAGACAAUGCAGAGAGAUAUGUGAGAUCAAUGGGUAUGAGAUACCGGAAAAAACCAAAGUCAUAAUCAAUUAUAUGGCGAUAGGAAGAGACCCAGAAUACUGGUGCGAUGCGGAGAUUUUCAAACCCGAGAGGUUUGAGGACUCGUCAAUUUCAUACAAAGGAACAAGCUUUGAGUAUAUUCCAUUUGGUGCAGGCAGGAGGAGGUGUCCAGGCAUGGGUUUUGGUAUGGCCAUGGUUGAGCUUAUGCUUUCCCAAUUAUUGUACCAUUUUGAUUGGAAACUCGCUAAUGGAGUGAAGCCAGAAGACUUUAGACAUGUCAGAAUCUUUUGGUCUGACUCUUCAGAGAAAGAACGGUUUAUAUGUAAUUCCUGUUGCUUACUCAGCUGAGCAAUUAAGCUAAACUCACUAUGAGAAUUUAUUAACAAAAGAAAAGAAAAACAGAAAGUUGAGCAUUAUCAACACAUAAAGUUGAGCAUUAUCAGCAAAUGAAUGUUUAACUGACUUUU